AUGAGCAGGAAUCGGUUUUUAUUGUUACUGAGGGCAUUGCACUUCGCAAAAAUCCCAGAUCAGAAUACAGAGCUUCCAAAGGAUCGACUGCAUAAAGUAAGAGAUAUGGUGAAUUUGUUCAACGCCCGAGUAUCGGAAAUAUAUUACCCAGGGUGUGAGAUUAGUUUAGAUGAAUUGAUGGUAUUGUGGCGUGGACGGCUUAUAUUCAGACAGUAUAUACCAAAUAAACGUCACAAAUAUGGUAUCAAGUUGCACAUGAUCACAACCCCUGGUGGUAUGGUUUUGAAAUUUAUGAUAUAUACAGGCAUGUUGGAUGAUUCUGAUGGAAAAGAACAUGCAAAAAAUGUUGUUAUGAAUUUACUCGUGAGAAUGCUGGAUGUAGGACAUAGCAUAUUUAUGGACAAUUAUUGUAAUAGCUAUGAACUGUCAAAAUGUCUUACUGAUAAGAAAACGCAUUGCACUGGGACAAUCAGAAAGAACAGAAAGACAUUUCCGAAAGAG